AAUUUCGUUCAGUAAGAAAGCUGCCGAGCCACCAGACAGUUAAUAAGCAACAUUCGUAAUGAAAGGACUAUUGAAAUAUUUGCCAUACAUCAUCUUCCUAAUAUUCACAUUAUCGAGAACUGUGCAAAACAAAACACGGAAAGCUGAGGGUGAGCCGUGCGAAUGUGAGUUUCAACGAUGCAUUUGUAAAUACCUUAGUGAUUGCAAAGUGCUGUACGAUCGGGUUGAUAUAAAUUACUGUAAUAGAAAGCAGGGCAUUGUUUGUUGUCCCCAAGAGCCCGAAAUUCCAAUUAUUACGCCGGCAGAAUUGGCCUCAGAGUUUGCUUGCCAAAAUUACACUGAAAUGAUAUCUAAUGAUUGUGCCCGAGAAUUCAUAACCGGUGGAGAAUUGGCUAGGGCAAAAGAAUUUCCACCAGCUGCCUUGGUAGGUCGCUUCGAUUUGGAGACUAAAAAACACGAUUGGUUCUGUGGCGGUACACUGAUUAGUGAACGUUUCGUUUUGACUGCAAGUCAUUGCGCGAAAGGAGGUGUUAUAAAUAGGGUCCGACUUGGCGAAUUGGACUUCAGUUCUAACAAGGAUGAUGAGGGUGUUCAGGAGUUUUCAGUAAGUCGGCUGAUUUCGCACUCUGAAUACGACAGUUCAAACUACAACGAUAUAAUGUUGUUGGAAUUGAAUGGCACAGUUACUUUCACCGAUUAUGUUCAACCCGCUUGCCUGCUCACGCCAAAUCGGACGGUAUACAACAAUGGCGUAUUUUGGGCCGUUGGUUGGGGUGCCGUUGACCAUUCGACUAAUAUGUCUCCGCAAUUGCGUCGUGUUCAAUUGAAGCAACUCAACGAUUGUGGACCGAUUGCAAACGAAGCGCAUAAUUUGUUACGUGGCCUGCGAGAACGCACACAAUUCUGUGCGCACGGAAAGACGUACGACACUUGCAAAGGAGACUCUGGUGGACCCUUACUCAUAACAUUUCCCUCCAAGGAGGAAAAAUACAAAUGUCUAUAUAUGGUUGCCGGUAUCAUAUCAAAAGGUCAAAUCGAAUGUGGUAGCCAAGAUUCACCAAGCUUAAAUACAAAUGUUACUGCUUUUGUGAGGUUCAUCGAAUUUCAUGUGUGGCCAAACCAAAAAUAAUACAUUUUUAAUGUGACAAACUUUUAUAAAA